AUGCGUUAUACUUCAGUUGUAUGGCCAGCACGAGAAGAUCUUACCUUAUCAUAUGCACCUUGGUGUAAGAAACGUUAUCCUCUAUCAUUUAGAGGAUUGCAUGAAGAAAUGAUCGAUUUAUACGAGUGGCUAAGACCAUCGCCUUUAGAGAUAGCACUUCGUUUUCGAGUAUUUGAACGAGUACGUUGUAUUCUUCAGCAGAUCUGGCCAUUAGCACGAAUCGACUUUUUCGGAAGUUUAUAUACUGGUUUAUUCCUACCGAGCUCUGAUAUUGAUGUUGUGGUUGAGGUGGAAACAAACUGUGAAAAUCCUCUUAGUAGAACGGCCGAAGUCUUGAGGUUAUCUUGUAUAGCGGAUUCCAUACAAGUCCUUGACAAGGCUUUUGUGCCUAUUGUUAAAUUGGUUGAUAGGGAUACAAAAAUCUCCUUUGAUAUAUCAUUCAAUACUCCAAGUGGUGUUAUGGCCGCAGGCUUUAUUCAACAAAUGAAAAGGCGCUAUCCAUGUCUUGAACCACUUGCUUUAAUUUUGAAACAGUUCCUUACUCAAAGGCAGUUAAAUCUAGUUUUCACUGGCGGUCUCUCUUCAUAUGGCCUUAUAUUGAUGUUAAUUAGCUUUUUUCAGCGAACGUUGAACGAAGUUAAUCUCGGCGAAAUUUUUUUAAGCUUUUUGCAAUUGUAUAGCUUAGAUUUCAACUAUAUGAAUACUGCUUUACGUAUUCGAGAUGGUGGUGCUUAUAUACCUAAAGAACAAAUGCUAGCUCAAAUGAAUAGACCAUCGAAUUCGAAUCUUUGCAUUGAAGAUCCACUUCAGCCUGAGAACGAUGUUGGUCGUUGUUCGUGGAAUAUAGUUUCAGUACGUCAAGAAUUUGAACAAGCAUUCAAGAAACUUUGUGCGGUAUUCAUGCAACCUCGAGAAUACUCAUCUGUUUGGCGUUCACAUUACAAUGGUUCAUUACUUUCGCAUAUUUUGAGUAUUCCGCCAAAAUACACUCGUUAUCGAAAUUGGCUUCGUGGUCGUGUUAUUCUUGAUGGACAAUUUUCUUCACCACCAUCUUUGUCCAGGUCUUCUUCACCAGAUUUAUUAUCUCCUUUGAAUGAUGAUACUUCGUUGAUCUAUACUCCUGUCGAUUUCUAA